CUUUCACGAAGCUAAUGCUUGUACUCAACUUCCCGUGACGACAUUGGUAGAGAAACAAAGCUCUCUUCUUCUCCAACAUCGCACCGCUCUCUCACUCUCAUUUUUUUGAAACUGAGAGGACAUUAGUAAGGAAGAAUAGGGGUUUUAUACUUUGAGCGAAUUUGGUAGCUGAAGAAUUAGGGUUUUAUAUUUUGUUGAUUUUGUUGUGAUAUAUUUCAGGUUGAUUUUGUUGAUUUUGAAAGUGUAGACUCAGAAUGGAUAGUUGAUUUUGUUGUGCUAUAUUUCAGGUUGAUUUUGUUGAUUUUAGGUUGAUUUUGUUGUGCUAUAUUUCAGGUUGAUUUUGUUGAUUUCAGGUUGAUUUUGUUGUGCUAUAUUUCAGGUUCAUUUUAUUGAUUUUGUUGAUUUUGAAAGUGUAGACUCAGAAGGGGUUUACUCAAGCAUCGUUCGUUUAGUUUUGAUUGAAAGGCAGAAAUUAGAGUAUCUGCCUAGAAACUGGACAGUUCUUGAAGAGAGAGAACCUAAGGACUGAUGUUCACUUAUGGUGAAUUGUAAAAUCUCAAGAAUUCAAGUUCCUUAGCUCAAUUUCUCGUGGUGUAAUUUGCAGUGAUGUCUUCUCACGAUUCAGUAAGCACGGUGUUCAAAUGUAUGCAAAACGGAGCCGUUGAUUUUCUCAUUAAACCUGUUCGCAGGAAUGAGCUAAGGAACUUGUGGCAGCAUGUGUGGAGAAGACAUACUAUUAGCAAGCCUCCUCAAAAUAUAACAUUGGCACAUGAUAAACUUGAUGUUGCUGAAGAAAACAAUACUGCAAGUAAUAAUUCUAGUGGUUCUGUAGCUUCCACGCAGAAAAUCGAGUGCAGUGGAAAAAAUAGUGAGACUCCAGCUCAAGAUAUGUCCCAGCUGAAGAGUUCUUCGAGUUUGAGCAAUGCAGAGAAAUCAGCUUUAACAGCACCUAAAGCUGCAGGGUGUGGCAAAAUUUCAACAGGUUUAAGGCUAGGUCAAAGCUAUGAAUAUAAUGAAACAGAAAACCAAGAUGAAGAAGGGUUAAGAACAGAGUUAGGCAAAGCCAAUCCUCAUGUUAAUACAAAAAUUCAUCGACGCAAUGAUGAACUAGAAGAACAUUCUGCUGGGGCUAUUGACUUGAUGGCUACUUUUGAGAAUCUUCCAAAAAGCAGUUAUGCAGAUUGUAGUUUCAACGGUGGUAACACAGCCAAGUUAGAAUAUGAUACACAAUUGGAACUUUCAUUACAAAGAGAUUAUCCUGGCAGCUCAUCUAAACCUACCACUGAGGAAAGGCAAAAAUUGAAUCAUUCAAAUGCUUCUCCAUUUUCUCGGUGA